CCGAACCAAACGCCAAGAACUCUCAAACAAAAGCAACCGAAUCCAGGAAAAUGGCAGCAGUGGGACAACAAGAACCAACACCAACGUCGGCACGACCCGGGAAGGCCGGUCGUUGCAAUUAUGACCAGUGGGACAAGGUCACACGAACGCUCGUGAACGAAGCCGAGCAAGAGGAAGAACAAGAAAUCGAGGAAAGCAAGAAAGCCCUGGGACUGGACGGUAAAUACGCCGAUUCGCAGGCCCACGCGGAAGAACGGGAAAAGGCGAAGGACGUCUUGAAGGCCAAAAAGGUUUUGGAAAAAUACCAAAAACGAGAAUCGGCCGUCCGGACCGAACUCAAGGGUCUGCUCGGACCGCCGCCUUCGAAGAAUGGCGACGGGGAGGAGGAAGAAUCGAAGGCUACCGAAUCCAAGACGGUUCGGGUGACACGCGACAUGAUUGACGCCGGAAAGCGUGUCGUUGUGAUCGCCGACACCUCCGGGGCAUCCCAAAGCGACACGCUGGUCCUUACGUCGGACCUGAGUCUUCUCGAAUCCAAAAUGAAGGCCAACACCACUACCAAACCGAAGCAAUACGCCGAAGACGCCGAGAACGAUGUCGACGAGUCUAAGGAGAAGGGAGUGGAGCGCAAGAUUUAUGGCCUCAUCAAGUGCUUCGUGACCAACGUCCACAACUGCACCAUCUUGAUCAAAUGCAAGGUCAUUUCUGGAAGUCUCGAAAUCAACCAUUGUUCCAACGUCGUCGUAAAGAUCGAACGGGACGCUACCGUUGCGACCAUUCAGGCCGAUCUAUGCGAGAACAUCUCUAUUAUUUUCAACGACGCUCCCUCGGGGAAAAACGGUGCAACGUACGCCGGGGGCAUUCCCAUGGACACCUCGACAGACUCCAAGAAUCGUAUUUAUUGGGGACAAGACAAGGAAGAUCGCAUCUUCCAUGCGGGUGUCAAGAAUAUGAGGGUUCAGAUCAACCGGGACGGCUUUAUGGAAACAGAACGAAUCUGUGACUACACCUUCGACGGCGCCAAGGCCAUCGGCAAUGCCACCGAAGAAGAAUUUCAGUUCGUGACGAGUUGCAUCGACGAAGAACUCGUUACGGAAGCCGUCGUUCGCGAGGGCUCGACCACCGGGCAGAAUGCCAGACCCCUGACAAAACGCGAAAUCGAGGAAGAAAAGGUAAAACGAGAAAAGGCCGGAAACAUGGCAACCCAAAUGGCCGAAAACAUGUUCAAAUUCAAGGAAGUCGGGAAGGACGGCGCCAAAAAAGUGAGCAAGACCGAGAAACCAAAGCCAGAAGAGGUGCCGGUGGUAGAAGAUGCCGAAGAAGAAAUAGAAGAAAUCUAUGCGGGUAUGAGCAAGGAGGACAUCGACGCGGUGGUCAAGGAGUGUGAGCAAAACAAGGCCCGGGGAAACGAAGCAUUUGGUACCGGAGAAUACGCUCAGGCAGUCUUGCUGUACACCCUUGCACUGGACAAGGCCGACGAAUUGCCGGACGACAAGGACAAGACCAAGCUUUUUGCCCGGGACGUGACGCUCUCGAACCGUGCCGCUUGCUUUCUCAAACUAGGACAGCACGAAAAAGCGGAAGCCGAUGCCAAGCUCGCGCACGAAUACAACAACCAAAACGUCAAGGCGUUUUUCCGCCACGGAUUGGCCCUGCACGCCAUGAAAGACUACAAGGCCGCCAUUUCCAUUUUGGCGCAGGCCUACAAGCUGGAGCCGAAGAACAAAUCGAUCAAGGAAGCUCUGAGAUUUGCGGAAGUCAGAUUGAAUCAGGAAAUGCGGAAACGGAUGGAGUAAUACCGUAAUAGAAUGCGUAGUACCAA